AUGAACACGGUAAAUCCGUUCUCGCGUUGGUGGGAGAAUCGCCAACUGAUGGAAAAGACGCGUGCCUCCGAUGCGACGUCUGAACCGGGGGGGCACUUUAGCGAGCAAUGGCGACGGGAGCUUGCGUCUCGCGAGUCAUCCAGCGAGGUAGGCGACUAUGCAAGUACGCGUCGCCGUGACCGUGACCGCCAUAGCAACCGCGCAUCCUCAGCCUUGCAAUCCCUACAGCGACCAAGUUCGCGUCUGGGUCAGGAGUCACCUUCACUUGUUUUGCCCGAGCAUGCACGGAAAUUGUCAUCCAAGCCAAGAUCAGCGACUUCGCCACCGUCGAACCGGAACGUGUCGUAUUCUCGCUUGUACGACCAACGCCAAUCUCGCGAUGCGCGUGACACAAGUCGCCGCUCUGUCACACCGACAGGCGCCAACACAUCUCAGUCGUACUUGUGGGUACCCAUGACAAAGGAUGAAUCCAUACAAGAUGCAUCUGAGAUGGGCAUCGCACUUACUCAGGAUGCAUCCGAGCUGCCGCUUCUUUGGCAAGGUGCAUCAUCCAUCCCGAACAAAGGCCCGCUCAUGUCCGUCACGGAGGAAGACGAGUCGAAUACAUCGUUCAAGUACACAUCUACGCCCCCACGAGAGAAGAUAGCGCAAUUCAGCGCGGAUCCUCGUCCAGACACACAUUAUCCAUAUGGCGAUCCAGAUUCCCGGCACGCUUAUAACAUGCAGGACCUGCGUUACCCUCCGGCGUCCGUCUCUCACAAUGCGCAAAAUGUGUCUACCUCGUCCACAACACCGACCAUUCCCUCGCAGCCAGAGUCGAGUGUUGAGUAUCAUGGUCCAACAAACCAGUCGACACCACCACCGCGCAUUGAACGUGGCAGUAUGAAUAAUGACGAACUGAUUCGUCUGUCUUGGGAUGCCUCAGCGCUAUUUUCUUCGCCGACAGACAGUGCUCCAAUUGAGACCCUAACGCCGCAAGCUAAGGCGCCUCUUUUCCCGUCGCCACCGGGAGCACCACUAACAGCGGCAAGCACAGCACCCGUGGAGUCAGGGCCAUCGGCCAACAUUGUGAAAACGUCUGCCCCUCUAUCCGCCUCGACAUCUGAUGUUUCACCCUCUACGCGCAUGCAGUCUUACGCGCAGCUCGCAUCAUUUGGUCCUGCCAAGACGCUGCCGACGUCUUUGCCCCUAGCUCAUGACCGCACGGGCUUUGGCAAGACCGGUGACUUAUUAUCGCGCCCUGGCCUCAAGCCAGUUGGCUUGGAGCCGGCGCCUUUGCUGCGUACCUUGACGGCGCCAUCAACGUCGUCAAAUUCUGCACAAAAGCCUAUGGAUACUUUACCGAGUCGUUUCUUAACGGCUUCUUUGCCCUUCACUGACAAGAAUCAAGACAAGUCUAGGAAUGAACCGACCCACAUGGGCCAUUCGCUCUUGCGGCCUUUGGACGACCAUCGCCUCUCGGCAAUCUCACUGACUGACUCUAUUAUGGAGGACUUCAACCCCGAUGAUGCGCCUUGGAUGACUGGCUCCAGCGACGUGGGCCACAUGGACCGGAGCGAAUUGCAUGGCACGGCUAACGAGCCUGCUUCAGCCUCGACAGAGCCAGGCUCUCGCACACUUAGUUCCGAGCGUGCAAAUGAUGAGCAAACGACGGUGGAAAUGCCAUCGAUGCCCCAAACACCGUCUGAUGCUGAAACGCAUCAUCCUGCGCGGCGCAUGCUGGAUCGUCCCCGCAACCGUGGUCCCCGUCCGCAAAUGAUGGGCGGCAUCCGUAUUGCACAGGGUCAGUUGCACGCGCCGACGCCCGGCCAAACGCCUAAGCGCACUGUGUCGGAGCAGACACGACCCAAGGACCAGGCAAUGGCUCCGCCCAGUGGCAGUACCGAGACACGUACGUUUUCACUUUCGCCGGUCGCGCGCGAAUCAGAGACGACCGCACCAAGUGCGUCGGCAGGGUAUGGUCACUCACGACAUGUGUCUGAUUCAGCCCGUGAGUCUAUGACACUUCCCUUCAACUCGGACAACGACGCAGAUGACUUACUGGCUGACACUCUUAUGAAUACGAUGUCGAUCGAUGGUCAUUUGUUCGGCUCAGACUCCUUGGUGUCGCCAGCGGCCAAGGAUUCCUAG